AUGGCGGAGGCCACCAUGUUCGAAUCUGAGGGCGCCUGCUUCUACUGGGCAAGCGUCGAGAGGCCAGACUUCCUGGUCUUCGGGUUCAACAUGUCGCACAUCGCAAUGAUUAUAUCAGAGGCUCUCGAGAUCCCCACCGUUGGAUUCUUCUUACAGCCCACGCGCAAGGUGGAGAACCGUAAGCACGCACUGAGCUUCAUAGACGAGGUCCUCAUGCCCUUCCGCGAGAAGGUCAACGGCACGACCUUCAACGCCGUGCUGAUGCAGGUGUUCGACCAGGUGAACACAACGGGAGAGAGCACGGCGGCGGACUUCUUGAGAAAAACCAGAGGUUUGAUACCAACUCCAUUGAGGCUGGCCGACGAGGACCUUCACUUCAAAGAGCUCCUCCGGCAGAACGUGCCGAUCGUGGUGCCCAUCAACUCUUUGAUGGUCGAAGGAAGCCGCCCAGGAGGGAAUGACAUACACGGACUUCAUCUUUCUGAGGCUGACCAACGACAAUAUCAGCGAGGACGUGAGCGAUUUUAUCGACAAGGCAAAAGGCGACGGCCGGCUGGUGGGCGUGAUGACCUUCUCCAGCAUGCCCAUCGGCCUUCGGCGGAUGCUGGACGUGGCCUUCGAGGUCUGCGAGAAUGCCGUCGCCCCCUCGGACGACGCGCGGCAGCCCGGGCGGGAGCCGGCCCUCAUCGUCAUGGGCGCUGGGCAGGACGGACGACGUGGCUGCGCCCCCCACUGCGGAGCAGACCGCGAAGGUCGAGGAGCUGCGGCGGCAGGGCCGGCUCCUGCUGCUCCUUCGCGGCCAGCCGUUCGGCGCGCUCUUCCCGCGGCUCGACUUCGCCAUCAUGCACGGCGGCCUCGGGGUCACCUCGGAGGC